ACAAGAUCGCAUGUCAAACUAGAAGGAUGGAGGUGAGAGGAGAUAGGGCUCCAGAGUGGAGCAAGCCCCUUCUGUCCCCUUGAACUUCCUGCCGGUGCAUGGGUUACCUCUCAUUAAAUUUAGUAGUACUUGUUGCUUUGGUGUAGUGAAAUGAAUGCCUUGAUGAAAUUGCAUUGCACCAUUUUUGAAAGAGAGAAUACUCAAACAUGUCACUUCUGUUUCUUGCAAGCAACUGUGAUCCUGAGCUGUGCACACUUCUGGUUGGGAUUAUUUCUGGUUUCUACUUCCUGUUUGAAGAUGUGGCAUGGAGAGUGCUCUGCUUUGACCUGAAGUAUUUUAUCUAUCCUCAGUCUCAGGACACUGUUGAUGGAAUUAAGGCCAAGCACAUCUGCAAAAAAGACAUUGCUGGAGGAGGUGCAAAGAGCUGGAAACCAAGUCUCCAGUCCUGGGAAAAGCAGUGGUAUGGAAAAGCAAUGGAAAGAGGCCCAUCAAUGAGAGAGACAACAUUUAGACAGGAGUACUGGACAUUUGAAAAUUCUUACACCCUGUGAUGUGACAUGGAGAAGUGACCAACACAACUUUGCCAACUAUACUCCAUUCUUAGUAACUGCCGAUUAGGAAGGAUUUCUUUCUAAGUCUGUCACUAAUUCAACUGUUAUUCAUAAGAGAAGUAGAGGCAAAUGAUAGCAGCUUGAUCGUUGAUUUUUGAUUUAGAUGAUCAAUGAUGUUCAGAAUAGUGUUUGUAUGUGUGAGCAUGGAUGUGUAUGUCGUGUGUGUGUGUGUAUGUGGUGUGUGUGUCUGUGUAUGUGGUGUGUGUGUCUGUGUAUAUUGUGUGUGUGUGCAUGCGUGUGUGCAGUGUAGCUAUCACCACAUUCCCUGUGGUGGUGUGUCUCUUCUCUGGGAUUUGUUCUUCUAGAAUCUCCCACCUUUUAGAACCACUUUAAGAUAUUUCUUUAUUCUCUCCAACCAUCCUGGCAAUCUUUUUAUCCUUAAACAGGAGUAAAUUCCUACAGCUGAAUCUAUUCAGGAUUUCUGUGUGUAUGUGUGAAAAUUUAUAUGAUGCUCAAUCCUUUAAAAAUCUUUUAUUCAAGUAACUUUAAAAGUAAAACACAAGGUGUUUUAUCAUAAAAAGUGAGAGAUGUUAGUCCACUUAAUUUCUUGCUUGCUUUCUUUUGUGUCCCUAGAUUACUUUAGCCUCUGUUUCCAGCCAGCAGUGGAAACAGCAAGGGUGAGGGUCUUAGGAGUUGACAUGUAAGACCUAUUACUUCCCUUUGAAGUUCAGAACCAAUUUAGAGUUAACAGCCAAGAGACACACAAAUAGAGAUCUUAUUUCAGCUUUAUUACUGAUAAAACCAUCUGGAGAAUGUGUUUUUAAAUUUGUGUGCAAAUGGCUUGCUCAGACACCCUGAUUGGAUUAGUUGGAUUCAUACCCCCAGCCAUGGACAGCUCUGGGCAUUUCCAGGCACCACCAUGGGGCCGGCCUGGCCUGCUAGGCAGAGAGAGAACCAUUGUGGUUUGCAGAAUAUACUGUAAUCAGUUUCCUCUACUAACUCCUUUAGUUAGAAAAGUCACUCAUCACCUGAUGAUAGAGGGGCCAGAAGGGCAUGUUACACUCAAGUGCCUCCCCAUGGAAACAUGAAGAGUGAGGAAUAACUGUUCCUUCCUAAGAGCAAGUAGGAUUGAUUAAUCCCUUGAACCACAAUAUGCAGUAAGACAAGCAAUUUAUGUAGGGACUUGAGUUCUGCAGUUAGUGUACUUAUCUCUGGUAGGAGGCAUUCCAUGUUUUUAAGGCAGUCCUGUUUGUGUCUGUUGGCCCCUUGUUUUUUUACUUAAGCUCCUUUCACUCUCAAACAUGUUCUAGUAUGCCCGGCCUCAUGUGGAUAAUUAAUUAUAUAAUGCCCGUAGUGUCUGGGGAUAAAGAAGUCAAUAGAUUGAAUCUCCUUAGAUAGCCUGACAGUAAACUUAUACUUGUGUUAUUCUUGGAGUUUGAGAUUGUUUUCCAGGAUAUCCAUUUGGUGGAAUUUCAUAUUAUUGAGAACUGAAACUAUUCAUCAGUGUGAACAAUAACAACAGUGUUUGCAGCAAUGAGAAACCACCACUUCCUAUGUGACUUUGUUGAAGACCUUUCCAGAUUGCAUAUAAUGUCCCUCUGGACUAGACUUUAUUUUUUCAGAGAUGGUGAUUUAAAGUGAAUUUCCUCCCUUUCCAUGACCACACCUGCAGCAUUUAUUGAAGGUUUUGUCUUUUAAGACCCAGGGAUUAUGAUGGUAUUAAGUCUCCAGAAAGUGAAGCUUUCCUGGGCGAUGGGAAACAUAAGAAACAAACUGAGAAAUGGGGGUUAAGAGUAGAACCGAAGAAGACUCCAGGACACGUCCUGGAGAAGUGAUAUUUAUAGCAGGAUAUAGAAAAUGAUUCCAGCCCCGUAGCAUGGGAAGAAAUGGCUGUGUGACCGGAAUCCAAGGCAAACUGUUUGCCUGCUCUCAUGCAUUAAGCUAUAAGAGGGCAAACUGUUAUCAGCAAGACUGCACAUGCUCAAAUAUAUUGCCCCUGGUUAUUUAAAUGUCUAUUAAAAGUGUUCCAAUUUAGGGUCAGGAUUUGAAUUUCUUCUAUUAAUUGAUGAAAAUUUGUGAGGCUCUGUCAGAAACCAUUUUCUUUAUGAGGGCUCCAAAGUAAAAGAGGUGUUAGCUGGGUAGCUGGGCUGCUAUUCUUAGUAAACCCCCUCUCCUCCUGCUGUGCUGACAUACUAAUAUUUUACUCAGCAUUUGAAAAAUCCUUUGGCUGCAAUUAAAAGUCCUGUAAGUCUGAGUGGGUAUACGGAGGCUAGGGUAAAAAUUAAGUAUUUGCUUCCCACACAUUUUUUUUUUUGAAUAUGUGACUCUUACUAUACUGAGGAUGUCAGAAUACCAUUCAGAUAUCAAUGAAUUUAUUUAUUUAAAUAUAAUUAUAAACAUUUAAAUCCUGAAGCACUUCUAAAUGAAAUGUAUUUUCAGGUUUUAUUUUACUGAGAGAGAAGUGCAGAGCCCAAGGAAUGAAUUAAUUAUUAGUCAAAAGAUGACAUAAGUGUGAAGACCAAGAGGGGAAAGGUGGUAUGUUGUAUUUAAGAUAUAAGUGGAAAUUCAAUAUAUUUAAAGCGUGGAGUUUGAGAGAAAGAGAGUGGUGGGAGGUGAGUCUGAAGAGGUGUAGGAACCAAAUCUCCAUCUACGGGAAGGUCCUGGAAGCCAUGGUAAGGAUAUUGGUGUUUCUAAAGGUGCCCAAGAGAGCAGGAGAGGGGAAGAGAGGUCAGAGGUGCCCAAAAAGGGGUCUGUGUCCAGAGAGCUAACUGAGCACACAUGUCUAUUUCCCUCUUGGUUCCACUUUCCUUUCAUGACUUAUAGUGCAUCAUUAAGAAGAGUAUGUCUUAGAGAGAACUGGAUGAUUAGAGGAGAAGUGGUCAUUGAAUUAAAACUUGUGAUGAAUUCUUGGAAGGUAGACAGAGGUGCCAAAGCCCAAGAUAGACAUCAGAGAAAAGACAGAGGAAGGUGAGAACACCUAGCUCCCAUUCAGGGGAAAACAUUUUGGGUAAACAAUGCUACAUAACUGUAGACAAAACACAUGACAGUAAUUUGCACUUGUUAACCUAGUUAACCUCAUUUUCCAGUCAUCAAAAGAAGGAGAUAACUGAAGCUUAUUAGAUCUUCAAGGAAAACCAAGAUCAUGGGGGAAAAACGACUGAACAAUCACAUAGAAAAUAAUUAUUUAGCACUUAAUUAUUGCCAGGGACUCUUCUAAAACCUUUUCUUAAAUUAACUCAUUCAAUCCUCAACAACUCUGAGAGGUACUGUUAUUAUCCUUAAGAUGAGGGAACUGAGGAACCGAGAGGUUAAGCAAUUUGCCUUUGGUUCAUAUAGCUAAUGACGUGGAGAUUUGAACUUAGGCUGUUUGUCUCCCAAGCCUAUGUUCUUAAAUUUGGGGAAAUAGUAAAGAUAAUUUCCACAAUGUGAAGACAGUUAUCAGCCUUAAGGAUGAAAGGAUGGUGCAAGUACCAUGCCCAGUGAGUGACAGAGUAUCAAGGCUGGUAGAGCCUGGUGAAAGCACAAGUUUUCAGAAAAGAGGGAAACAAACAAUUCCUAUAAAGUUAAGAAAAUCACAUUGACACCAGACUUCUCAUUGGUAGAGACCACAAAGCCCUUUUCAAAAGUGGGUCAAACUGGCAGGCUGAGCACAUAUCCUUCCUUCCCUUUCUGUCAAAAGAUGGGACAUUGUCUUCAAUUUUGAAUGACUUACACAGCAAAACAUUCAAAUUUAUGGAAAGAAAUGAAGACAAUUUUAGACAUGCCAGACUCAUGGUUUACUAUACAACAACCAUCUCAGAAAGAAUUAUUCAGUAAUAGCAUCAAAAUGAAAAAUAAAUCAAAGAAAUAAGGUAGUAAUCAAAAUAAGAGUUAAGUAACUACUGACAUAUAUAAGGAAAGUAGUAACCAUUCGGAACUAAAAACAAUGGUAUAUGUUGCUGGAGGAGCAGUGUGGGGAGGGUGAGUAUGGCAGCAUAGUGCGAUUUCUUUUUGUUUCUGGAGAAAAUAUAAAAGUAAACAAGCUUAGUUUUGUGUGUAUUUUCUUUUAGAGAUGGGGUUUCACCAUGUUGCCCAGGUUGGACUCAAAUUCUUGAGCUCAAGCAAUCCUUCAACCUCAGCCUCUUGAGUAACAAGGAUUCUAGUCACAUUCCACUGUGACUGGCUCCAUACAAAUAUGUGAAGAGCAAGUAUUACAAACACGGUAUUAGGAUUUAUUACUUCUAGACCACUAGAGGGGAAAAUGGGAUAAAGAAUAAACAAUGAAACCAAAGACAAGGAAGUGAAAUAAAUAAAAACAAAAAUUAAAAAGAGAAAACAGAACCAACAAUGAAUGUGAAAUAGAAACAAAUAAUACAGCAGAAUUAAGUUUGAAUAUAACAUUAAUCCCAAUUAAUGUAAAUAAGUGAAAUUCUGCUCUUCAAAAAUGGGUACUCUGAGAAUAGACAAGCAAGUCAAAUCCCACAAACCGCUGUAACAGGGUUUGAAAAACAAUAAUAAGUUUUUUUCCUCAAAUAAAUGAUACUCCAGUGUCAUGCACAAAUCUUAAUUCUGUGCUUUUAAAUAGAUAUUAAAAAUUAUUCCUAAUUUAUUAAAAGAAAAAUCUUACUUGAUCGUGAUGUGUUUUACUCAACAAUAGAAGGAUGGCUCAACAUUCAGAAAUAUAUUACUUUAGCUCAGUAUAACAUAGAUUAAAGAAAAAAUCACAUUCAUUCAUAGAAAUAUAUUAGUUGUAUUCUUGUAAAUGCAGCUCUUUCUCAUUGAUUUAUAAAAGCUCCUUAUGUAUU